AUGAAGUUUUCUACCGCUGCUGUGGCUUUGCUCGCCACCACUGUCCUCGCCGCUCCCGGUGGCUUCAGUGAAAGCAAAGAGGCCCCUGUGCAGACAUCUGAGAGCUAUGGCCAGGAGACCUCCCACGCUGAGUCUUCGUGGGCCCAAGAGUCUAGCAAGCCUGCUGAGACCUCGUGGGCUCAAGAAUCCAGCAAGCCCGCCGAGACCUCUUGGGCUCAGGAAUCCAGCAAGCAUGUUGAGUCUUCAUGGGCCACUUCUGAGGCCAAGCCUACCUACUCCAGCGAGGAGAAGCCCAUCUAUUCCAGCAAGGAGGAGAAGACUACCUGGUCCAGCCAGGAAGUGAAGCCCACUUACUCCUCUAAGAAGGAGGAAGUCUCUUCCUUUUCGACCCCGCCACCUCAGCCAAUUCCCACCAGCAAGAACGAGAGCUCGACCCCACCGCCUCAGCCAAUUCCCACCAGCAAGAAUGUGAGCUCCUCUAUCCCGCCACCUCAGCCAAUUCCCACCAGCAAGAACGAGAGCUCGACCCCGCCUCCUCAGCCAAUUCCCACGAGCAAAAACGAGAGCUCCUCCAUCCCGCCGCCACUUCCUGUCCCUACCAGCAACCAGAGCACGCCCGUUGCGCCCGUUGCGCCAACUGCUCCUUUCCGGAAUGAGACCUCCACCAUUGAAGUGACUACCACACCAAGGACCACAGUGACGCCUCUCACCACCGUCACCGAGAGCACUCCCUCGUCCGCUGUCGCCCCGGUUGCUCCUUCGUCUGCCGUGGCCCCAGUUGCUCCCUCAUCUGCAGUUGCUCCGGUUGCUCCUUCGUCUGCCGUGGCCCCGGUUGCUCCCUCGUCUGCUGUGGCUCCGGUUGCCCCCUCAUCUGCCGUGGCUCCGGUUGCUCCCUCGUCCGCUGUGGCCCCUGUUGCGCCAACUUCCGCGUCAUCUCUCGUCGCGCCUGUUGCCCCAACUUCGGCUUCUUCGCUUGUGGCUCCCGUUGCCCCCAGCCGAUCGCCCAGUGGUACUCUCGUUUCUCCGGCUCAAUUCACUGGUGGUGCCGCCGUCCAGAAAGCCGGUAGCUACCUUGCUGCUGUUGGUAUUGCUGCUUUUGCAUUCUUGUAA